AUGAAGGAAAAUAAUUCCAAUGAUCAUAUAGGCGAGGGCAGCAUUCCAGCUGCUGGUGAUGCUCUGCCCAUCCCUUCCGAGACCGCUGCAGCGGGCUCUGUCAGCCCAGAGGCCUACGGACUCAGUCUGGAAUAUCAACCCAUUGACGAGAUUCUUGCCUCGCUUCAAAACUACACGGAGGUUACUCCCAACUCCGAGGCACAAUACAGCCUCGAAUUAAAUGCCCUAUUUGCACACGACCGUCAAUGGCUCUAUCGAAACCGGGCUGGUCGAAAUGGAAUGGCUACAUUCCGAGGCCCUACUAAACCUCUCCCACACCCGAAAGUAGCUGCACUUCGCCGACGCGGGAAGCGCGAUGGACGACGCAAAAACCGAAUGCCACCCAGCGGAGUCGGAACGCCGCCCAGACCCAGAGGACGAGCCCAGGGAGUUCUUGGAAGACGUGGGAGGGAUGCCGCGGAUGAUGCGGACGAACAUGCCAGGCCGAGGAGCAGGAUAAGGCUGGCUUGA